AUGUCGUCGCAUACUGAGUAUCCGGAGGGAGCGGGAGUUCCGAAUCAAGAGGGGGCGCCUAUCUCCAAACUUCCAGUUGAGCUCCUGUUGAUGUGCGCCGAUUACAUGGAUCGCAUACCUACCAGCCGAUUCUCUCGCACUUGCAAGGGCUUCACCAUGGUCUUGAGAGACAUUCUCAAGGAGAAAGCACGGGAGUUUGCUUGGUCUCUAACAGAUCCAGAGCGUGAAAAACAAAUACAAAAAACAACUAUUUAUUAUGAUGCUGGGUUUCUGGAAGCCGGAGUAGACGCCGCCGAGAUGUUGCUCGAGUAUGGUGCUGACCCAUGCGGUGGGAGCCACCGUGAUUGCACAACCCCGCUUCAUGAAGCAGCUCGCGGUCAGGGCCCCAAAAAUUGUAUGAUCGAACCACUGCUUAAAGCAGGAGCUAAGGCUCAGGAUAUCGGUCUUUUUAGAUGGCUUUUUGAGCACAAGAACUUCGUGAAAAACCUGGAGCAGGCCCUGAUGAGUGGUUCCGACUUCAUCCAUAUUUUCACUGUGUUAUCCGACCUAUCAGUUCUUUGCGCUCUUUCGGAGUACAAAGUCGACUUGCUCACCGUGCGCUUAGAUGAUAUGAUCCUAGAAAAUGACCUACGUGGCGGAGAGCUACAAGCCGCGAUUCGACUUUUACAAGGGAGCGCAUACGCCGCACAACAUGGACAAGUACGGUUCAUCAAGUGGCUUCUGCUAGAGGGAGUCAGCCUAGAUGAAACCUCUGGAACUUUGCCACACGAGGAAGUCCCAAGCCUAAUAAUGGAAGCGGCAAGGUGGGAACAUGACCAGGUAGUCAAGCUCCUCCUAAACUCAGGGGCCAUGGCCGAAACCCAGAGGAAUAGCGCCCUGCUCGAAGCUGUUCGACGCCAAAAAUAUGAAGUGGUCAAAACAUUGUUGAAAGACGGUGUGGAAGCCAAUCCUACCACAGCGGAGCACCAGACCCCUCUCCAUGCUGCCAUAGAGCAUUCAAGCGAUGACGUUGCGCGAAUUCUGCUCCAGCAUGAUGCGGAUCCUUCCAAGCGCGACAAGUAUGACCGAAAUGCACUCCAUCUAUGGCAGAACGGAACUCUCAUGAGUUUCCAGCAACAAAUAUCGGCACCGAACGAAGACGGGCCUGUAUAUCACGAAGUGGCCUGUAGCAUUCAGCAUCUCGAAAGGAUCGAGGUCCUCGUUUUGUUUGCACUUCUUGCCCAGACGUUGAUUUAUGCAUCGGGUGCAUGGAAAAUUACGGCUGCGCAGAGUACUUCGAUGUCAAAAUUGUCGCCGUCCAUCGAUAUUUGCUGCGCAUUUGCAACGACACAUCCCGUCCUGUCGUCAGUAUUGGCAACGAGGCCCACGGUCACCAUGGACAAUAACGAAGGAAGAGCUGGAGGAUCCGGAGAAGCUGAUCGAAAGCCUAAGAAGAGGAAUAUGGGAAGGGCAGAGUGGAGCCGGCAAACAAUAGACAAGAGAGCGCGAAACGAACAGCAGGUCGAAGCUAAACGACGAAAAAUCGAGAAUGGGGAGGACGUUAAAACCCCGGUUUAUGCCACCCAUUUCUCUCAGGAAGAUAUCGACAAUGAGCAACGCCGCCCGAAGAAGAAGGUUGCCGUGCUAUUGGGGUACUCCGGGACUGGCUACAAGGGCAUGCAAUUGAGCGACACCGAGAAAACCAUCGAAGGAGAGCUUUUCGCCGCCUUUGUGGCUGCCGGGGCUAUCUCCAAAGCGAAUGCGGCGGACCCGAAGAAAUCGUCAUUGGUUCGAUGCGCGCGCACAGACAAGGGCGUCCAUGCUGCCGGUAACAUCGUCUCGUUGAAGAUGAUUCUGGAGGGUCCGGCGACGGUCCACAAAAUCAACGAGCAGCUUAGCCCGCAGAUUCGCAUCUGGGACAUUGUAGUUGCGAACAAAUCGUUCAGCAGUUAUCAAAUGUGCGACUCCCGAAUUUACGAAUAUCUCAUCCCGUCCUAUUGCUUCCUGCCGCCACAUCCCAGUACCUACCUCGGAAAGAAGGUAUCGGAGAUCGCCGAGAAACACGGAGAUCUGGAGGGAUUGGCCACCCGCCAGGCGGAAGUGGCGGACUACUGGGCUGAGACCGAUGAGAAGCACGUUCGGCCCAUUCUUGAAAAGGUCAAGGAGGACAUUCGUAAACUCGUGCAAAAGGCGCUUUAUUUUGACGAAGAAAAAUCUGCCGAGGCCCAGUCAGUUGAUAAGGAUGUUACGCAGUCGACCGGGCCACCUGAGAAUAACACCAACACCGAGGUGUCUACAGCAACAGAAAACCAAGACGAGCAGGGCCAAAACAUGGAACUUGACGAGGCCCAGGAAGCUCAGAGAAAAGAAAUCUAUGAGACUGUCAAGGCUGUCAAGGCAGCAUAUAACACAGCCAAGCGAGCUUAUCGCAUUCCUGCCGCUCGUUUGGCCCGCAUACAAGAAAGCUUGGACAAAUAUGUCGGCACAAGGAAUUUCUACAAUUACACCAUCCAAAAGAUGCACAGCGACCCGUCCGCCAAACGUCACAUCAAAUCAUUCAAGGUCGACUCCAACCCUGUCAUAAUCAACGGCACCGAAUGGCUCAGCUUGAAGGUACACGGUCAAAGCUUCAUGAUGCAUCAGAUCCGCAAAAUGGUCGCCAUGGUCGCCUUGAUUGUACGAUGCGGCUGUGAUCCUCAACGCAUCGUGGAUAGCUAUGGCCCAACGAAGAUCGCGAUUCCCAAAGCCCCUGGUCUGGGUCUUCUACUAGAACGUCCGGUUUUUGACGCGUAUAAUAAAAAGGCCAGUGACACCAACAAACAGCACAUCAACUUCGACAACUAUGCGAAGGAAAUUGGCGAGUUCAAGCAGCGCGAGAUCUAUGACCGAAUCUUCCGUGAGGAGGAAGAGUCUAAUGCCUUCUCGUCUUUCUUCAAUCAUGUCGAUCACUUCCCUCAAGAAGAAUUUCUCUACAUUACAUCCGGUGGCAUUACGGCCGCGAAGCCUAUACAGCAGGGCUCAGCUGAAGUUCGCAGAGAGGAUGAUCAAACUGGUCGCAAAUCCCAACGGGAAGCUUUGGCUAUAGUCGAAGCGGAUUCUGAUAAUGAGGCCAACAUUCCGGACGGCGGUGAGGAGGGAGGUUAA